AGGGUUUGUGUACCUUAUACUUUUGUCAACACUAGCAAAGAAGCGCGUAUCAACUCAGUUUGUCAACUGCGUAGCCUGUUCUCGUUUCUUACACGCACUUGUACCAGCGUUAAUUACCUGCGUAUGCAAUCGUGUAGUAGUAUGCACGCUUGCCGUAGAAAAGGGAAAACUUCGAAUCAACCUGAAGAGUAGGUUGCAUCCUAUCCACGACCGAUACUGCUUUAAGGCCUUAGGACUAGACAAUGGUCGGAGAGCGACCGCAACCAUUUCAGCAUGAAGAUAUGGAUGUCGGAGAGCAACCUGGGACAAGUGGGCGCGGAGAAGCGAAACAUUUCCGUGUUGGUUGCGCGUUAUUGCCGAAGAAGGUGAGCAGGUACCUGACUUCGUCCAUGGCGCAAGUCGCACGCAGCCGGGGCGUCGAGCUCGUCCUUCUGGACCACACGAAACCACUUUUGGAUCAAGGCGAAUACGAUGCAAUAGUUCACAAGCUCCGCCCCAAUAAGGACUGGGAGCGCAACCUCCAAGAAUACAUUAAAGCGCGGCCGGGAGUCAAAGUGAUCGACAGCCUAGCGGGCAUCCGGAUAGUGCACAACCGCUCCACCAUGCUGCUUCCAUUGAGGGAACGCCCGGAAGGAAUCAAGCUGCAGAAGCCGGACUGCGCACGCAACGGCGGGAGCCCAGGCAUGUGCGCCCGGAUUCAGUCCCCAACCCAGGUGGAGAUCGCGGAGGGCACCUCCCUGUCCGAGGCUCAGGCGCAGCUGCGGCGCGCGGGGCUGCGUCCGCCGCUGCUGGUCAAGCCGCUGUGGACGGACGGGCGCGAGGGCAGCCACGGCCUGGCGGUGCUGCAUGACAUGGCGGCGCUAGGGCGGGUGCUGGGGGGCGAUGUGAGCAGCGCGCUGAAGCCGCCGCUGGUGGUGCAACAGUUCGUGGAGCACGGGGGCGUGCUGUUCAAGGUGUACGUGCUGGGCAUGCGCACGGUGGUGUGUCGGCGCCCCUCCCUGGGUGACUCAUACCUGGGGGAGGAGGCACGCAACGCAGGCGUGUUGUCGCUACCCCGCAUCUCCUGCAAAUCCAGCUACGGCAAAUUCGCCCUGGCGCAUGGGAGCAGCAGCAGCAGCAGUAUUGGCGCAGGCGGGGCCGGCGGCGGGACGGCACCAGGGGGCGAUGCUGCUGCUGCUGCUGGCGUUACGUCGCAUGGCCGAGCGAGGCCGCAAGCGACCGGCGCUCGAUGCGCACAGUCGCCGCAGCAGCCACUACAGCACUCGCAGUCGCACACAUCACAGUCGCAAUUGCCGUCGCCGCGGUCAUUAUCACAACAACAGCAGCAGCAACAGCAGCAGCCGGCAGUGCCACCGGAGUGGGUUACCAGCGCGCUUGCUGGCACCCUCCGUGACAAGCUGGGGUUGCAGCUGUUCAAUUUCGACAUGAUCUGUCCGGCGGAGCAGAAGUCGCCACGCGAGCGGCUGUACUAUGUGGUGGACAUUAACUAUUUCCCCGGCGUCGACAAGAUCCCGGACUUUGAAAACAUCUUCGUGGACUUCCUCACAGCCACCUGCGAGGGCGAGGGCGACGCAUCAGCAGCAGCUGCUGCUGCUGUUGCUGAUUCCUGCGGUGGCACGCCCGGCGGCGAAACGCAAUGCGCCGGUGGGACGGGGGCGGACCGGCAGCAGGAAACGCCGGAGGGCGACGACGGCGACGGCGUUUCCUCUGUGUCGUUCGGCAAGGGCGAUCUGGGUCGGGUGUCCGGUGCGGAGGCGCCGGCGCCAGCAGCUGAGGCGACGUCAGGUGGCUGCUAUGACGAGGUGCGGGAUAUGGAGGAGGAGGAGGAGCCGUGAUGAUGCGUGGGGGCGGGAGGUGUUUUACCAGGUUGCUCCCGACUCGUCGCUUCAGGGUUGUGCCCUGCCAGCAAGAGCCUUUGGAGAUGGUUUGGAGUUAGCGGCGACGUUGCAAGGUUGCCUGGCGGCCCCACGCCCCUUGCAGAACUGUGAUACGGCACCGUGACGUGACAUGGGCAUACUGGAAGUGUGUGUGGAUGACAUGACAUUUUAGGAGUGCGGAUUCAGAGGCGGUUGAAGGGGAGGGGCUCUUUGGUGCGGUUAGCAACCUGUGCGUGAACUGAUGAGGUACAGAGUUGGGUGUGUCGGGAGUGAGAGCCGCCCGCUGUUGAGCCCAGCUGUGGUGCUUGGGCUCGAGGGUGGGCGCGGAGGGUGUGCCGGGUACAGGUUUGAGUGUUCUGUAGCUGUUGAGGACAGGAACGAGUGGUUAACGCCUAACGGUGCGUGGGCGGUUACUGAAAGAGGCGGGCAGGCAUCCUGUCGGAGCUGUCCCUGCAAUUCUUUAAGGGUCAUAGGUCCCUCAUUCUUUCUUGACUGUUGCGACCUCCUUACUUCAGUGGUGGCUCUAUGCAUCGGUCCCUGUGUACAACGUUUUGAGGUACGGCAUAGGCGUAUAACUCAUAGCUGGCGCAGCGCAUGGUACUUUUAACGUGAGUAGCAGUUUCGUCGCUGCUAGGUUGCUAGGUUGCCAGCGCGUUUUUGUGUGUGGCUGCUACACAGCCGUCAAGACGCUUGGCGCAAUCGAGCGUGUUCAGGGGCUCUGUUGACACACAGCAUCAACUGGUAAGAGUUCAGUUUUGAGCGGUUGGUUUUUACUACUGCCGUGUACACAUAUGCGGGUGUGCGGGUACCUCUGCGGUGUGGUGCUUUAAACGACGUGUCUGCCUGGCCUGUGUGACUGGAGACUGUUGCUUCAGGUGCCGUACUCGCACUGGGGGAGGAGGUUUGCUAAAUGCCGUACCACAGCGGUAUGUGAACUAACGGGCGCGCUGGUCCCGCUGGGAGUGGCGGCCCCAUUUCACCGGUUGUCGGCAGUUGGAACCAGCGACUUGCUCAGGCUGUUAUCAGCCCAAGCUGCGGGUCCAUUCAAAGAGCUUCUUAAUCCUGUCUAUCUUCUUAAUCCC